CACAGCGCUCGUUAUUAGCAGGCCAGAGAAACGGCCGCUGUAAAGGUGACAUUUAGCUGUCUGGUCACCGCAGCUCAUCCGAUCCAAACUAAUUGUGAAAACAGAGUGGUGGCACAAAUAUAAGCAUGUCUUCUCUCAGGAGGACGGCGGGUGUCCUGCGAACAGGCCUGCAGCUCUUCAGACGCGGACCUCGGCAGAUGACCGUCAGAAAGGCAGGAGGAGGCCCUCAUAUUGAACCCCAAUACAGACAAACUCCUCAGCUCACCAAGAACCAGAAGUUUCAGGCAGAGCUGCUCAGCGGCGCCAUGUGGUUCUGGAUCCUGUGGCACAUCUGGCACGACCCAGAUGCCGUACUGGGUCAUUUCCCAUGGCCGGACACUUCAGCAUGGACAGAUGAGGAGCUGGGAAUCCCACCUGAUGAGGAAGAGUAGAUUUGCCCUCGACAACCCAAUAUGUGCACCGGAUCGCAAAACCCGCACAUUUUCUGUAGAGGAAACUGAAAGUUCCUGUUAUGUAUAUGGACUUAUUAUCAAGUCUAAUUGUAAAAGUUGCAUUAUAAAGUAUAAAUAAAAUCCAUCAACGCUUCAAUUUGUCAGAACAGUGUUUUAUCACUUAACAUUUGGUAAAGGGAGGGGGAAAACAGUGUGAUCUACAAAACAUUUCCCUCAUCUUAUAUAUACAUUGCAUUGGAGAAAUUCCAUCACAUCCAAAACUUUCAUAGAGAACUCUGGGAAAUUUUGAAGAGGAGGAACAGAACACAGCAUCUAAAAACACAGUGACAUUAAGCCUAUACCACAGUUGAAAAUGGAAAUGAAUGCUAGAGAUUAAUAAAUACUGUACAAUUAAUGCGUCAAAGCAAAGGAAACCUGUCUGAAAACCAGCUCCAUUGAUCAAAUAUGAAGGAGAAAGCUGAAAGGGUGUGUGUCUAUAUCAAGGUUAGUGAACGGAAACAGAGGAACUUUUUUUUUUCUUUCAUAAAACACAUGCG